GAGGCUGAGUCUGAUCAGAGUUUUUCCGGGUUUGAUGCAGAUUCGCUCAUUCCGCCCCUCACCCUAUCCCCGUGUUCACAGAGCAGGAAGUGUCAGGCUGCUCCUGGGGCGCAUUGAGAGCGGGUGUUUUUGUUUUGUUUGUGGUAGAGUCGCUGCUGGAGGGAUUGAACCUGAAGCAGACUCCCGGGUCUGAAGAGUCUGACGGGCGGAUCCAGGCGGAUCACUGGCCGGGGGCUGAAAGUUUGAAUUGUGGAUGGGUCGAACGUUGCCUCCCCUGUUGCUGCUCGGCCUCUUCCUGCUGCGGCCGCUCCAUGCGGAAGUUGGAAGACGAGAAGUGUUUGCUGCCAUUGGUUCAUCGGUUUUACUGGAUCCUGAACAUGAAGCUAAUCUCAGCAACAGUGAAAUUAUUUGGAAUUUCACUGGCAGCAAUGGGAACCUUGUGACGAUCUUGGAUUAUGUACCAAACCACCCAAUGGAGGAGCCAAAUAACCAUUUCAAAUCUCGCUUACAUUUCAAUUCAUCGACUGGGUCACUGAUAUUAAAUCAUUUAAAUCCUAGUGACCAAGGAGUUUAUACCAUCAUUCUAGAUGACAAAUUGAUAAGGAUUACAGAUUUGAGUCUUAUUGAGCCACUGGCAGAACCUUUGAUCAAUGUUACCUUUGUGGAUACCACCAUUGAACUAACCUGUAAAGUGUCUGUGGGGAAAGCGAGUUCCAUUCUGUGGAGGAAAGAUGCUGAAGUGAUAAGGAAUGGUCAACAUUAUCAGUUGGUGCGAAACAACAGCAAGUUGAUUAUUUCUGAAGCCAGCAAAUCAGACUGUGGAAUCUAUACUUGCACCGUGGAGAACCCUGUUAGCAAGAAAAACUAUUCAUAUUCUCUUACUAUUUACGGUGCUGCCCUGCUGCAUCGCUACACAAAGAUAUUAUCCAUCACUGCGCUGAUCACUGCUGCUGCUGCCUUGGCUUGUAAAAUAAUAUCAUCCUGGUUUCUGGCCAAAAUAAUAAGUCUUCAGUUUCUUCAACUUGAGCUACGAGCCUUGCAGUUUAUCUUUCUUAUCGGUGCGUUUGUGUGUUGGAUAUGGGGUGAAGGAGCUUCUGAAAUGACAGUGUGCACGUUGGUGUUUUUGUGUCUCCUGCUGAUAGUUCUCUUAUUUUCGUCUUGUCGUAUGAAGGCCUGUGACACAAGGUUAAAUAAGAUUUGGAUUGUCAAACCUUGUCAUCUGAUCUUAAUGGUUGCAGUAAGUCCACUGGGUGGAAUCAUUGUGAUGGGUCUGUCAGUGAGCCUGAUUGCAGAAACAGUGAAACGAGCUGCUGAAGGAUGUGAGCCAGCAGCCAAUCUACAAAGAAAUAUAAUUCCUGCAGUGGGGAUACUGUUGGUGUCCUUUGUUAUACUCUUUGCACAUCACAUCAUAUAUAGAAAAUUGAAUAAACGAAUAGCUGGAACGCCACUUAUAGCCCCCAGUGUAAAAGAUCCUGAUGGACUUUAUCAUUCUGAGCUGAAGGGACACUUCUUAAAAACCACAGUUACUAAUGAAGAACAACUUUAAAUUCAGGAGCACAGCUAUUAUGGAAGAAUUGGCUUAAAUUGAGGGAACUCUGCUACCAGUGAAGAACUAUCUCAAGUUUAGAGUUUGAAUACCUAGAAACUAUGAGCACCCAGCUUAUUAUUUUUAGCCCUCUAAUUUUAAAGGGUGAAAUUGUUUUUAAAAAUUCAAUCAUGGGAUGAAGGCUUCGUUGGCGGGGCCAGCAUUUAUUGCC